GGCGGGCCAGGGGCUGCGCCGCCGCCUGCUCCGCGUCCGCCGUGCGGGCCGAGCCGCGCGGGCGGGCAGGCUUCCUCCGGACUCGCGGGCCGGGCCCGGCUUGGAGGACCCAGGCCCGGGGAGCGCCGGCGAGCGAGGACGCGCCUUGUGUACCCCCACCCCGAGGCGGGAGCCCCCAGUCGCCCCACGCCCCUGCCGCCGCCCACCCCUCCUUCGGGAGCCAGACAUUGUCUUGGGGGAGAGCCUGGGCUCGCAGGUGGUCGGAGAGCUGGCCUCUGGCCCUGACUCGGCCUUGGCCUCUCCAUUUGUCUCUCCCCGGGCCACGGUUCUCUCAUCUCUAAAAUGGAGGAAGGCGGUGUCCGCCCUCCCUGCCCCACAGGGUGAUCGCAGGGUUGGCGCUGCCUGUGUGCAAACUGGUUCCCAACCUGGCCGCCUUUAGAGUCAUCUGGGAAGCCUUCCAGAUCAUGAGUCCCCAGAGUCCCCAGGAGGUUGUGAUGUGCAGCCGGGACGAGAACCACUGGCCCGGGGAGUGUCAGGUGACAGUAUGUGGUCGUGUGCUGUGCUCUCGACCGGAAUGUGCACUUGAUCCAGGGUGGAGCAUAACCAUGAGAAAGCAAGCGGCUGGCUUUAUGUUCAAGAAUACGGGCACCAAAUCUGGUCUGGUUACUUUUAAUUCUUGGAAAGCCUCUGCAAAUUAAAUUACCUAAUUAUCAGAGGAAGGCUUGAUCUUGGAAGUGAAAGUGUGGAGUAACACAUGGAAGGGACACUAGCAAUUACCUAAAACCUGUGCAUGGGUUGGAGCGAUGUACCAUCUGUGAGUGUGAGGGUGGAAGAUGUCUAUGGAUGUGACAUUUCUGGGUACGGGUGCAGCAUACCCAUCCCCAACCCGGGGUGCCUCUGCUCUGGUCCUUCGGUGUGAGGGCGAGUGCUGGCUCUUUGACUGCGGGGAGGGGACUCAGACACAGCUUAUGAAAAGCCAACUUAAAGCAGGGAGAAUUACCAAGAUCUUCAUCACACAUCUUCAUGGAGACCAUUUCUUUGGCCUUCCUGGCCUCCUCUGCACAAUCAGCCUGCAGAGUGGCUCUGUGGUCACCAAACAGCCUAUUGAAAUCUAUGGCCCUGCUGGGCUUCGAGACUUUAUCUGGAGAACCAUGGAACUCUCUCACACAGAGUUGGUCUUCCCCUAUGUGGUCCAUGAGCUGGUGCCUACAGCAGAUCAGUGUCCUACAGAAGAACUAAAAGAAUUUAUGCACGUGAAUAAAACAGACAGCCAUCCCAAAGAGGGACAAGGAAGAACUAUCCUUUUAGACUCAGAAGAAAACUCAUACCUUCUGGUUGAUGACGAACAGUUUGUUGUAAAAGCAUUUCGCCUCUUUCACCGAAUUCCCUCCUUUGGGUUUUCAGUUGUGGAGAAGAAACGCCCAGGUAAACUCAAUGCACAGAAACUAAAAGACCUCGGUGUGCCACCAGGUCCUGCCUAUGGGAAGCUGAAAAAUGGAAUUUCUGUUGUUCUGGAAAAUGGAGUUACAAUUUCUCCCCAAGAUGUCUUAAAAAAGCCUAUUGUUGGAAGAAAAAUCUGCAUUUUGGGUGACUGUUCUGGGGUUGUGGGUGAUGGAGGAGUGAAGCUGUGCUUUGAAGCCGACCUGUUGAUCCAUGAAGCAACCCUAGAUGAUGGUCAGAUGGACAAAGCAAAGGAGCACGGCCACAGCACACCACAGAUGGCAGCUGCAUUUGCGAAGUUGUGCCACGCAAAGAGGCUAGUUCUGACUCACUUCAGUCAGAGGUACAAGCCAGUUGCCUUGGCCAGAGAAGGAGAAACAGAUGGGAUUGUAGAACUAAAAAAGCAAGCUGAAUCGGUGUUAGAUCUCCAAGAAGUGACUCUAGCAGAAGACUUUAUGGUGAUUGGCAUUCCAAUCAAGAAGUGAACCCAGUAUUCCAGAAUGCAUCCUGACGUGUCUGUGGAUAUGUCCCUGAACCAACAGUCAAGUUGGUUGUGGUGGUGGUGCUGGUGGUGGUGGUGGUUGUUGUUUUGGUCUAAGAUUAUUCAGGUCCUAAUAAUCCUCAACAGGAUAGAGCUGCACUGCUGGACUGACUCAGCAGUGAGAGGGAGCAAGCUUUUUGAUAAUAAAUCAUUUUAAAAAGAAAGAAAAAAACCAGCAGCCUUCUUAAAGUCCAAAUUUGACAAAACGAUAGACUAUUCAGGUAUACUUUCUGUUUUGCGGCGGCUGCCUCCCAUUUAAGGCAGCACCCCCACGCAGUCCUGGGCUUGCUUCUGCCCGUUCUUAGUGCUGUUGUUGGCAGGUACAUAGGCUCAGCCCUCUUGGCUAAAAGCGGUGUUUUAGCAGUUUGUUGAAUCUGUUCAUGUUAUUAACAGAAUAGAGAAAAAUGUAAUGAGACAUUAUACAUGCAGGAUUGAAGCUAGCAUAUUAAAUCUUGAUUUGUUUGCUGGAAUACUGAAUGCAGGGUCAAGGUAGGUGUUUAUCCUUCAAUUAAUGCUUUUUUGGAACUUUCUGGUUCUAAACCUGUGGGUCUCAGCUGGGGGUGAUACCAUUCCCAUAGAAAUUAUGGGGAUGUUUCUUGUCAAAAUGACUGGGAGGGGGUGCUGGAUAAGAGUACUGUUAGAAUUUAGUCAGUAGGGGAUGCUAGAUCCUACAAAGUUGGGGUCAGUCCUGUACAGUGAAAAAUGAUCUCACCCCAAAAUGCAGAUUGUAGGCCUAUUGAAAUACACAGCAAGUUAAAAAUUAUACUCCCAAUGGGAAUAUACUUUAUCAAAAUUAAUGACAUGAAUUGAACUGGUUAAGUCAAAUUCUUGAAACAAACAUUAGACAACUAGCUAAGUGAAGAUAUUGUAAUAUCAUAUCAAAUAUUUGACAGAAAUGAGCCAUGAACUGUAACUUAUGAAUCUGGAGGUAAAGAAAUGAUACCUAUUAAACUGAGGUUUAAUUUAUGUGUCCCUAUUAACAAUUCUUUGAGCACAGUUUUAAUAAGCUAGAUUUUCCUUCUGAGCUGCCUGCUACCUCCCUUCUGUCUGCCAUGGGAUAUCUCUUGACUCAUUUUACCCACAGUAUUUCUCAAAAUGGAUUACAUGGAAAGCUAGUCUCAAGCACAGAUUCUUUCAAAAGGAUUUCCUCAUCACAGUUUGGGAAACACUUUAUGUUGUGAGUCCCUCUGGAGGUGUUCUAGUGGCCAUCGAUACCGAAAAAACAGUACUGCUUGAAUGAUCACAAACCCGUCUUUGGUGCCAGAAAGACAUGAUUUCAGAGUCCCAUUCUGUACCUUGUGGUCUGGUGCAGAUUACUUACUCUUUGUGAGCUUCAGCUUGCUCAUUUCUAAAAUGGGAAAAAUAAUAAGACUGUGUAGAAUCACUGUGAAGAUUAAAUAAGACAGUGCAUAAAAGGAACAUAGUACAUUGCUUACAGGUGUUGAGAAGUCCUGCAGUAGAGGGGCCUAUCAACUGUUUUGAACCCCUUUCUCAGUCCUGUUUCACCACAUACUAUCUAUUAACCUUUCAGGAACCUUGGGAGUUUUAUAGUAGACAUAUUUAGAAAUUCUAUCAUGGUAUAUACUGUUAACUUCUUUUGGGUUCUGGGGCUUCUCUCAUAAAAACUUUUGACUCCUGGAUGGCUCUAGAGUCCCUAGAGUAGUGAUAAUCAAGAUGGGUCUAGUUACUCAAGAUCUUGGUCAUUCUGAAGCAGUUUCCAGAAUGGUUUGAUUCUACUCUACUCUACUGGCCCUACUCUAGACUCUUGGGCCACCAAAGUUUGACCAGCUUAAAGUGUAUCUUGGUUUCUGAACUCAAUUAAAACAAGCAUUUAUUAGACGCCUAAUGUGUGCUCAAACCUGUACAUCCAGGAAUGGCUGGUAGUACUACUGUAUGGAGCUCUUGAGGGUAAAGACUGUAUCUUAGUCGCCUCUGCAUUCUGGAAUUAUCCAUUCAUAAUAAGCACUCAGAAAUGUUUAUUGAAUGAAAUGAGGCCAUGACUGCAUAAACUUUAGGACCUUAAGUUUAGGACCCGAGCCUAGCCCACUUCAUUACUCUAUUUGUCCAAAAAAUUUUGACCACCUGUUUGGUGGUGCCCCAUUCAGCUGAGUACCAGUUAAGUGCCAGUGCCAGGUUUUACUGUGUUGGGACUAUGUAAGUGAAUAUAAGAGAAAAUUUCAGGCUCACUGUCUAGGUGGUAGAUACUGAUAGUGAAAAACAAAAGUAAAUAUACAGGUCCUUCACACACUCUAAUCUUGUAGCCUGGCACUCUCUCUUGCCGUUCUUGAGCAUUAUCUGCAGCUGACUUGAGCUGUGCCCUAAAGUCAGGCCUUACCAGUAUAUGGGCUAAGCCCUCCGAGACCAUGGGAAUGUGGGAACAAAUUGAUACAACGGAUGAAUCAAGCACAGGGUAUUGAUCCAUGGUGAGAAUUGCUUCUUGGGCUCUCUUCUGGCCUAGAAUUUUGUUCUUAAUGGUAGGACACAUUCUAAGAAUUUGUGGAGCUAGAAUGAAGAAUGAAGCUUAUAUUGGACUUCCCAGAGCCUGUAAUCUGCUCAUGGUUGUAUGACUCUUAAGUUGGUGCCCCAAACUUAUCACCGAAUCCUCUUUUGCCAAGGAAUAUCCUGGAACACGGAGAAAUAUUACCUAAUACUUCUCAAAAUUAUUAUAUUUACAUUUUUUACCUGUUCAACUUAUUGAUGUAAUGAAUUCCAUAUCUAUGCUUAGUAUUUUCCUUAUCCAAAACUGGCUUUCCAAUUGUCAGGAAUCUAUAGGUACCUGCUUACUUUAGAUUUCCAAUUCUCAGAAGGUGUUUAGACUUGCCCAAAUAGACCCCGGAUCUGCUCUGUUUUUCUGAUACUCAUGCUUCAUUAAUAUACUUCUAAUGAGAUUUUAUUAUAAAAAGCAGCAUACACUUGGUAGAUAAUCUUUUUUAAGGAUUCCAGAAAGAAGAUGAUUACUCAUAAUUCUACCACCCUGAGAGCAACUACUUCUCGCUCAGUGGUGUUCAAAUGAAGGUGUGAGUCAGUAUCAGUCAAGGUAGUACGUAGGUGGGCAAGGUAGUACGUGGGUGGACAAGGGUGUGUAGGUAGGUAAAAAUCCUUGGGCUGUGAUUCCAGAGCCUCUAAUUCAGUUGGUCAGGGGUGGAACCCAAGGAUCUGCAUUUUUAGCAAGCCCUCCGUCUGGGUGGUGCUGAGAUAUAUGGGUAGCAAACCACACUGGGAGAAAAAACUGUCUUCUUCUAUACACUGAAAAAAAAAAUUGAGUGUGCAUAGAUAUUUUAUAUAUAUUUAAACAUACUAUGUUUAUAUAUGUGUGUAUGUUUUUACAUGUAGGGUGACCUCAACUGUUUUUCUCAUUUAACAUUAUGAGCAUCUUCCCACGAUGUUAACUGUUCUUUGAAAGCAUGAAUUUAAUGAUUUUAUUGUACUCCAUUCUAUAGAUGUAACAUAAUUUUCCUACUUUGGGGGCAUUGGGAUUGCUUUCCAUUAUACAUAUAAAUAAUACUAUCAUGAAUAUUCUUGGGCAUAAAUCUUUGUAUCUCUGAAUAUUUCCUUAGCAUUGAUUUAUUGGAAGGCCAACACAUCUGACUUGUCUUAGACUCUGCAUGGGAAUCACCCACUUGUUUUCUGGCUCACACUCUGCAGCAGCAUGAGAGAGGCCUAUUUCGCUGCUCUAUGGGUGGAUGAUACAGUUCAUCAAUUAAUGACCUUUCGAACACUUCUCUUCUAGAACAUUUGUCUUUUGAAGAUUAUUUUGGCCUCCUAGUGCAAAUAGCUUUAUUAGGUCUUUCGACGAGCACAUGUAAUUCAACUGUAAUUUCCUUGAAUGUUCUUACGCCAGCUUCAAAAUCUGAGCAGUUUUUACUUAAUGGGGUCCAAGUCCUAUGGCUUCAAGUAUGUUUAUGACUGAUGUACAGGGAAGGUACUUUUGUCCUCACAAGGGUGUCAAUUUAUAGUGAAAUGUAGUGGUUCUGUCCUUAUUGAUUGAUGGAUUUGUCAGGCAACGAAUGAUUCAGAGUAAUUCUUCUUACAUGGGAAGAAUAAAAAGGAAAUGCUAGUGACGCUUUGAAUGUUCUCUCUUGGCAGGAGAAGAAUAGCGUUUGGGCAGGGUGGGACAUGGGGUAAGAUCAAGAAAUUCUAUUCUUCCCUAGUAGAAAGUAAACAAUGCUUAAAACUAGAAAAUAAAUAGCACUUUAAGCAAAUCAUGUUAAAAAGAAAAAAGGGGUGUAGUAAAAUACCAGAUAAAUAGUUAAGAGUGGACGAAGGGAUCCUUAGUGGAAGGUGCAAGGGGUAUGAGGAGGGAUGGUCGGAGGACUACUGUUUUUUUUAAAGAUUUUGUUUAUUUAUUUGACAGAGAGAGAGAGAGCGAGAGCAGGAACACAAGCAGCGGGAGUGGGAGAGGGAGAAGCAGGCUUCCCACCGAGCAGGGAGCCCGAUGCGGGGCUCGAUGCCAGGACCCUGGGAUCAUGACCUGAGCCGAAGGCAGACGCUUAACGACUGAGCCACCCAGGCGCCCAGGACUACUGUUUUUUAUAAGCCUAAUAGUACUACUUCUAUUUGCUAUUUUGAAUGAUUUAUGUGUGUAUAUAUUCAUUUAGUUUAAAAGUUAUAUUAAAACACACAUAGAGGGCGCCUGGGUGGCUCAGUUGGUUAAGCGACUGCCUUCGGCUCAGGUCAUGAUCCUGGAGUCCCGGGAUCGAGUCCCACAUCGGGCUCCCUGCUCGGCAGGGAGUCUGCUUCUCCCUCUGACCUUCCCCCCUCUCAUGCUCUCUCUGUCUCAUUCUCUCUCUCAAAUAAAUAAAUAAAAUCUUAAAAAAAAAAAACAACACACACAUAGAUAUGAUUAUUCUAAAUAAUCAUAUCAGUUGCUUAUGGGUGCUCCAGCUAUUUGACGGUUCCUCUCAAGCCUUUUUAAUAUUCCAAUCUGGGGCACCUGGGUGGCUCUGUCUGCUAAGCAUCAGACUCUUGAUUUCGGCUCAGGUCAUGAUCUCAGGGUCCUGGGAUCGAGCCUUGCGUCAUGCUCCCUGCUCAGCGGGGGAGUCUGCUUAAGGAUUCUCUCUCUCCCUCUGCCCCUCCCACUCAUGCUCUCUCUCUCUCAAAAAAUAAAUAAAUCUUAAAAAAAAAAAAAAAUUCCAA